UGCCAGAAUCAGCUGUUUUGUUUCCCGUCCGUAUUUUAUUUUAUUUACAUAAUUUAUAAUAACCUUUAGUUACUUCUAUUCUAUUGUAGAAAGGAAUAAAAACAUAUUCCAGGUGUAUUUUUCAUCAUAUAAAUGUUUAGAUAUUAACAAUAAUGUCGAAACUUCCCAAAGCUGCUCUCAGUUUAAAACAAUUUAUGUUACGUCAAGAAGUGUUAAAAUUAUACCGUGAUAUUUUCCGGACAUUAAGGUUAGUAUCAGAUGAAGCAACUCGAAAAGAGUUGAGGGAUUGGGCUAGGACAGACUUUAGAAACAAUAAACACCAUCAGGAUGAAACAACAAUCAAAGCCAUGCUGCAUUAUGGGAAGAAGUCAUUGAAGGAUUUACAAAGCUCACUCGCUCUCAGUAAAAGCUGACAUUUCAAAUGGGUUCUAAACAAAAAUAAGGGCCUAUUUCAAUGCUUGCUGAUAAAGAAAAAAUCAAAUGAUGUCAUGAAGUGUUUGAUAGGGCUAACUGGCAUAUAUUUUUAGGCAGAUUUAUCUAACAGUCAAUUUAUCUGUCACGAUUAUAAUAUAUUUUAUCAGAAAGUUGUGAAACACCUGGCCACCCUUGGCUUUUUAUAGGUACAGUACAGGACAAGUUAGACUGCAUACAUUAUAUUAUCUUUAUAAAUACCUAGUCAAUUUGCCUUAAUUUUGGUAAGCUUUUGAUGUGGUUUUGAUUGUAGCAAGCAAAUUGCUGGAAAAAUUAUCCUUAUUUUUUUAAUAAAAAUAUGCAUGAAACUAAUCAAUUAUGUCCUUGUUUGAAGUAUAAAAUUAGAUUUUACAAAAUAAUCAGUUACAAACUUGCUAAUAAUGUCAAUAGGUAAAUUUAUUUAUGUUGUGUGUAUACUUAAGGAGAAAGUGAAUUAUUAAAAUGUGAUAUAAAUAUAUUAAA